UUUAUCGCCGUCCAAAAAGUCAUGGUCAAUGAAUAUGGCGAAAGUACGGGGGUUGACUCUCCUUCAAAUGUAGAAGGAAGCUCUACCCCAAGGCCUGAGGCCCCUGCAUCUAGGCAAACACCAACAGGGCCAGUGCCUUCAAAAGUCCAGCAGCCAAAGCCGCAGGUCCUGCCAAGCAGAAGCACCCCUUCGGCUCUCCUUGUUUCGACGAGACAAAAGGGCAACCCAAUACUGAAUCAUAUCAAACUUCUGCCCUGGGAAUAUGCCGAUAUCCCGGCUGACUACGUGGUUGGGACCACUACUUGUGCACUCUUCCUAUCUUUGAAAUAUCACCGCUUACAUCCUGAAUACAUCUAUUCUCGAAUCCGACUCCUCGCAGGGAAGUAUCUGCUUCGUAUUCUCCUGAUUAUGGUAGACAUCCCAAACCAUGAAGAUAGUUUGAAGGAGCUAUCUAAGACCUCAAUCAUCAACAACCUCACCCUGACCCUUUGUUGGUCCGCUCCUGAAGCUGCGCACUACUUAGAAUUAUUCAAGUCCUCCGAAAACUCCCAACCAACUGCAAUCCGCACCCAGCAAGCACAGUCGUAUAAGGAGUCACUUAUUGAGUUUGUCACGGCGCCCAGAAGCAUUAACAAGUCCGAUGCGGCAAGCCUCAUCUCCACAUUUGGAAGUCUGCAAAAUGCUAUCAACGCGCAGCCAGAACAGAUCAGCGCUGUACCCGGCUGGGGUGAGAAGAAAGUUCGACAAUGGUGUAAUGCGGUAAGAGAAGACUUUAGGGUGGAAGCAUCGAGAAAAACAGCGGCGCCUGCACAAAACUUAUAUAGUCAAAAGAACAACGAGCCGACGAGUCGAAACAGCAAGAUGUCAACUUCAACGAAUGCACAUAAUGAGGAUGAAGAGGCAAUGUUAGCAGCAGAAUCAGAAGGCGCGCAUGUGGGGUCUCAGGAAGACCUCGUUGAACGUGUCCAUCCGGACAAAGCUGCUCAGAGGGAAGGAAUGAGUGACGGCAUAGUGGCAGCUUUGGCAAAACUUAGAGAAAGCGGCGGAUAAAUGAACUCGCUUCCAAUACACAAAGUUGAGUUGCUUACGCUGUGUGCACCUAGAUGAAUGCGUUCGCGCUAAGUGAAUCAAUUUCAAGUAUAAUAAGCGACAUAGAUUCAAACAUGAUGGAUACUGUGGCGUUCACGGUGACUGGAUAGCAGCGUUCGUGGCCCAUCGCGAAGUGGAAGAGGUCAAAGGUGCCGCCGGGUGGAUGAGACGCCACAUAACAAAGGUAGCUUUCUUUGACACUAUGUGUUGUCCCUACAGCUUAUGUGGUCCUUUGCGCAAGACCUUUUCUUUGUGGAGUAGAUUGGUUAUAGUCAAAA